UACACGAGUGUGAAAACUUUGAUGACCCAUGUAAUCUCUUUCUUCUCCCCCAAUCCAACCCCUACUCCACCUCCACCUCGGGUCCAAAAACAAAAGAAAAAGGGUAACAGAAACAGAGAACCGAGCAGGAAGAAGAAGGCCCGCCGCUCGCCGCUCUCGCAUCGUCCCCGAGCUCAGAUCAGGAUGACGGGCUCCAUGGAUCUCCCAGCGAAGGGCGGGUUCAGCUACGAACUGUGCCGGAGGAACGACUUUCUGGAGAAGAAGGGGCUCAAGAUCCCCGGCUUCCUGAAGACCGGGACCACCAUCGUCGGCCUCGUCUUUCAGGAUGGGGUUGUUCUUGGGGCAGACACAAGGGCAACUGAGGGGCCUAUAGUUGCUGAUAAGAAUUGUGAGAAAAUCCACUUUAUGGCGCCAAACAUAUAUUGCUGUGGAGCAGGAACUGCUGCUGACACAGAGGCUGUUACAGAUAUGGUGAGCUCCCAGCUACAGCUUCACCGAUAUGCAACUGGUCGUGAAUCAAGAGUCGUGACAGCUCUUACACUGCUGAAGUCGCACCUUUUCAAGUAUCAAGGCCAUGUCAGUGCUGCUCUUGUUCUUGGUGGAGUGGAUUGUACUGGACCACACCUACACACUGUUUAUCCGCAUGGCUCCACAGAUACUCUUCCUUUUGCCACGAUGGGUUCUGGAUCGCUUGCUGCAAUGUCGGUGUUUGAAUCGAAGUACAAAGAAGGGCUUACGAGGGAGGAGGGAAUACAACUUGUGACCGAUGCAAUCCGUGGUGGUAUCUUCAACGACUUGGGUAGUGGAAGCAACGUGGAUGUCUGUGUGAUAACCAAGGGGAAAACAGAAUACUUGAGAAACCACGAGUUGCCGAAUCCAAGAACAUAUGUUAGCUCGAAGGGAUACAGCUUCACCAAGGGGCAGACUGAGGUACUGUCGACAAAGAUAACACAGCUGAAGCAGAAGGUUGAGGUUGCUGAGGGUGGCGAUGCAAUGGAGGAGUGAUCAUACAUUCUUACAUUCGGACAACAGUCAUAUUCAGAGUGGUCAUAUUCAGAAUUUACGUAAUUUUUCUUAGUGGGGCUGCUAGAACAAGAAAAAAUGGAUGUCUUUGUUGUACUUUCUGGACUGAAUCCAGACUUUUUAAAGGGCAUGUUUGGGUUGGAGCUGAUCAGAGCUGCUUGUACCAGUCUGAAUUUGGACGUCUGGGGCUGGAUCUGCUGCCUGUCCCAGGGUUCUAAGCAAACAAGCCCUUUUAUGGUUAAGUGUUUCUGAUGUUGACAUAUUUUCAAGUGAUUGUUGGUUCCGAAUGUGGAGUUGUUUAAAACUGUGAUGGUGUGGUAUUUUC